AUGUUGCCUAUUUUUUCAAAGACUUACACCUUGCUAAAAAAAGCAGGUUUGCAAACCGUUCGCCACCUGUCGUCGGUCAAUUUCGACAUCCAACAGAAGCAUCCCCAGGCUGAAAGAUUGCCCCGAGCCAGAUAUGGAGGAAGAAAUGCAGUCACUAUGUUGCCGGGUGAAGGCAUUGGACCUGAGCUGAUGGGUUAUGUAAAAGAAGUAUUUUUAGAAGGUGGCAUACCAGUCGAUUUCGAAACAGUUCAGAUCGAUCCAAAAAGUGAUAAUAAUGAUGAUCUGGAAUACGCUAUUAUGUCUAUUCGUAGAAACGGUGUAUGCAUUAAAGGCAACAUUGAAACACAAAGUCUCGAUACUGCUAUCAUUUCACGUAAUGUUACCAUACGUAACGAACUCGAUUUAUUUGUAAACGCCAUGAAUGUGAAGUCAUACAAUAACAUAAGUAGUCGCCACAAGAAUGUAGAUGUCAUAGUUGUACGUCAAAAUACUGAAGGCGAAUAUGCAAUGUUGGAACACGAAAGUGUCAAAGGUGUGGUCGAAUCCAUGAAAGUCAUCACUAAAACAAAUUCUACAAGGUUGGCUCGUUACGCAUUUGAAUUGGCCAAAAACAAUGGUCGCGGUAAAGUCACAGCCAUCCACAAAGCCAACAUAAUGAAAUUAUCAGAUGGAUUAUUUUUGGAAACUUGCAAAAAUAUGUCGUUAAAUUACCCGGAUAUCAAGUUUGAUCACAUGAUUAUUGACAACUGUUGCAUGCAGUUGGUGUCUAAUCCUCAUCAGUUUGAUGUGAUGGUUAUGCCCAACUUGUAUGGUGCAAUUGUGUCAAAUGUGAUAUGCGGCCUAGUAGGUGGUGUUGGCAUAAUAUCGGGAAAAAACUAUGGUGAUCAUUAUGCAGUUUUUGAGCCAGGUACCAGAAACACUGGUUCAUCUAUUGCAGGUACCAACACUGCAAAUCCAAUAGCGAUGUUAAAUGCGUCUGCCGAUAUGUUACAACACUUGGGUCACAAAAUGCAUUGCGAUAAGAUCAGAACAGCUAUAUGUAAGACUCUCAAUGAAGACAUGAUACACACAGCUGAUUUAAAUGGUACUGCCAAAAGUUCUGAAGUCGUACAAAAUAUCAUUAAAUAUGUAAAAAGUAUUGGGGAAAGAAUCUAA